AUGUCCCAAGAACCGAACACUAAUGCACUUACGUUCGGGAACAUCGAAGACAUAUUGGAACUUGCGCAGAAACAGUUACACGGUCGCUUCAGCGAUCCAGAAUACUCAUAUGUGCACAACGCGCUUGAUCAUCUCUUCUACCUUGGAAUCCUAGAAUGCCGCGCUCAUCGAGGCAACCCAGCUCAAAUUUUGAAAGAAUGUUUGCAAGAUGAACGAAUCGUUCUGGACCGCCACAACCGACUCCAAGGCAAGAUUCUUCUUCAACAAGAGAUGAUUUAUGACGUAUCUGAGAGCCCUGAGAAUUUCCCACUGCGUCAUCUGAUCUUGGAGAAAGGCAUCUCACUUCCUGCCAACAACUUCAGGCCGAUUUACCAUCUAGUGGAUGAUCCGGAGAAAUUACAAGCAGCGCAUAAUGCUCGGAGGAAUAUAGCAGGGGCUACUACGCGAUCUGAUUCUUCAAGCCCCCGUACAAUGACUGGCUAUGCUCCUAAACAGCAUGCUAACAAGUCAGGGAGUAACCACGAUAAGCUAUACGAUGCUCCAUCUCCCGAGCACAGCUUUCCAGAUGGAAACAUUACACUUGCUGAGAUUGCAGCGUUCAUACCACAAUCAAUAAAGAGCUGGGACAUCAUCGACCGCAUCAUCUGGAACAGUGCUAAGGCGGAAGACAUCGCUAAAUUGUUCAACAAGCACCGUGCGAUGCCCGCCGGCGCGAUCGUCAACAACACUGUUUACAUGAUGAUGCGCGGGCAGAUGUACAAGCGCAGCAAAGAAGAUGUUGCCUACAAGGGUUGGACUGUUGGUACACAUCAACACAUAACAAAGCCGGAUGAGUUCGAUCCUCACAGCAUAAGCGUGACUGGGUUUCGUCGGCCUCGAAUUUUUGCAAAUCGAUCUGACAACCCUGCUGAUCCCGUCCCAUUCAAGGACCUCGCCAACGGUGUUGCAGUGUGGCCAGAGCACGGGGACGCUCUGGACCUGACUCGUUGCGUCUCUUGGUGCGUUGCCAACCCAGAAGCUCAGUACUUCUACCCUGUUGACUUUCAGAAGGUACUCCACGAAUGCCUGGGUGGACCAGUAAUUGUGAAACCUCGCAACGAAGAUGCUCAAAUCCUGUCACGCCUUCGAGUUGCUGGCGGGACCUACAAACCUCGAGAUCGUGUGACAAAGGAUCUCAGCGAUGAUGACACUGAUGAACACAAAAGAGACGCUGUUGCGCAUUCAGAAAAACGCAAGAGAAGCACUCGCGUUGAUGGAUAUGUAAAUCGUCGCAAGACACUCUCUUCACGCUCGACCCGUGCCUCGCGCACGUCAACCGCUCGCACCACAACCGGAAACUCAUCGUUUAGUUUUCAAAUGGUCGAUUCUGAGGAUGACACAGAUGACAAUGCGUACCAGGGCCCGAAGCGAACAAAAAAGAACAAGGCUGCACCUCGUCGCUCAGAGCGUACGAAGAAGUCGGUACAGUACGACGAUGGCGCAAUGAUAAUCGAUGAAGAAGAAGGAGAGCUGGAGGAAGACCAGGGUACGGAGAGGGAGGCUCAGAAAAACGAUAGUAUUGGAGAUGAGGACGACGUUGACGAUGGAGAGAACGACGAGAUAUACCAAGACGAGUAG